CAACAGGUGGAGCCGGGGGAUGCCCGAAGACCUUCCCGGACCAUGAUUUACUGAUGCUAGACAUAUUUUAAAUAUCAAGGAAUCGACUUGCGACUUUUAAACGCAAAGGGACAGGUGGAAAUGGAUUGAGGCUGCCUCCCUGCCCCCUUCCAGAAAACCAUGUCACUCCGGCAGACCGGCGAUUGCUUCAAAACCAUGUCACUCCGGCAGACCGGGUCUCUCGAAGGGCAUAGGCUAAAGCGAUCCCGGAAGGCACUUUCGCGGCGCCUGGGCCCUCCCACCGCGCGAGUAAGGGGCACAAAUCCCCGGCGCUCCCCUUUGGUCUUCCACUUGGGCACCUGCCGGUGGGAAGCGAGGGGGAGCAGCGGAGAGCGCAGGCGCAGGGUUCGUGCCUGCGGCGCCGCUCUCCCUGCCUAGCCAGGCGGCCUGAGCCGCCCCUGCCGCGGUUUUCCUGGCGAAGCGCGCGGUGGCCUCAGUGGGCUCAGAGCCUGGACUAGGCGCGCGGCAGCGGGCAGCCCCGGCCGGAGCACCGGGCGCUCCUUCCUCGCCGCGACGCACAGGUAACCGGGCCCCGGCAGCCGGUCGGCAGCAGUGGACUGGGACCUUGACCCUGCCUGCCGGGCCGCCCCACCCGUAAGGAGUGGGAGCGUACCCCGAACCCCACACGCUCGCUUUUAGCCGAGGCACUUAAGAGGCCGACUCCCUCUUUUGGGGUUAGGCCGGGCCCUGGGCGAAGCGCCCCGCCCCCUUUACAAGCCUUUGCGGAGGCUCUGCUCGACGCCUGAACGGCUGCGGGCCGCCACUUCCCGGCACUGCUCUCUUGGAAAACCUGGACGCCGGUUCGGUAGGAAUUGAUUGCCUGAAGAAAUGGAUACUUCUCCCUCCAAAAAAUAUCCAGUUAAAAAACGGGUGAAAAUACACCCAAACACGGUGAUGGUGAAAUAUACUUCUCAUUAUCCUCAGCCUGGGGAUGAUGGAUAUGAAGAAAUCAAUGAAGACUAUGGAAAUUUUAUGGAAGAAAAUCCAAAGAAAGGCCUGCUGAGUGAAAUGAAAAGAAAAGGAAGAACUUUCUUUGGAACCAUGGAUACUCAACAUCCACCAACAGAAGACCCAAUGACCAAUGAGAUUGGACAAUUCCAAAGUUUUGCAGAAAAAAAUAUUUUUCAAUCCAGAAAAAUGUGGAUAGUGCUGUUUGGAUCUGCUUUGGCUCAUGGAUGUGUAGCUCUUAUCACUAGGCUUGUUUCUGAUCGUUCCAAAGUUCCAUCUCUAGAACUGAUUUUUAUCCGUUCUGUUUUGCAGGUCUUAUCUGUGUUAGUUGUGUGUUACUACCAGGAAGCCCCCUUUGGACCCAGUGGAUACAGAUUGCGACUCUUCUUUUAUGGUGUAUGCAAUGUCAUCUCUAUCACCUGUGCUUAUACAUCAUUUUCAAUAGUUCCUCCCAGCAAUGGGACCACUAUGUGGAGAGCCACAACCACAGUCUUCAGUGCCAUUUUGGCUUUUUUACUUGUAGAUGAGAAAAUGGCUUAUGUUGACACGGCUACAGUUGUUUGCAGCAUCUUAGGUGUUUGUCUUGUCAUGAUCCCCAACAUUGUUGAUGAAGAUAAUUCUUUGUUAAAUGCCUGGAAAGAAGCCUUUGGGUACACUAUGACCGUGAUGGCUGGACUGACCACUGCUCUUUCCAUGAUAGUAUACAGAUCCAUUAAGGAGAAGAUCAGCAUGUGGACUGCACUGUUUACCUUUGGUUGGACUGGGACAGUCUGGGGAGUAUCUACUAUGUUCAUUCUUCAAGAACCCAUCAUCCCAUUAGAUGGAGAAACCUGGAGUUAUCUCAUUGCUAUAUGCAUUUGUUCUACUGCAGCCUUCUUAGGAGUUUAUUAUGCCUUGGACAAAUUCCAUCCAGCUUUGGUCAGCACCGUGCAACAUCUGGAGAUUGUGGUAGCCAUGGUGUUGCAGCUUCUAGUGUUACAUAUAUUUCCUAGUGUCUAUGAUGUCUUUGGAGGGGUAAUCAUUAUGAUUAGUGUUUUUGUCCUUGCUGGCUAUAAACUUUACUGGAGGAAUUUAAGAAGGCAGGAUUAUCAGGAAAUACUAGACUCUCCCAUUAAGUGAAUUCCUGAUUAUUAUCUUGUUAAUGUUCAGUUAUUAAUAGGUACACAGACAUUUUAAUGUUCAUCUGGAAAUAUGUUGUAUAACUGACAGAGUGCUAUAUAAUUAAUAUAUGCAGACGUGGAAAAAUUUAUUCUAGUCUAAUAAAUUAAAAACAUAUACUAAAUUAUGUGGAAUAUCAUGAAUCUGGUCUCUUUGCUGUUAAUAAUAAGGCAAUUUUUA